AGAAAAUGGACUCAAACUCUUCAUUCGAAUGGCCUCACACACCGAAUUAUAAUGGGACUUACAAGUACCUCUACUUAGAAGGCAAUGUCUCCUACGUGGACUUCUACCUUCAUCAGCCUUUAGUGGCAGCUGUCUUCAUCAUUUCUUACCUCCUGAUCUUCCUGCUCUGUAUGGUCGGCAACGGAGUGGUUUGCUUUGUUGUCCUGAGGAGCAAACGCAUGCGUACAGUCACAAACCUUUUCAUCUUAAACCUGGCUGUCAGCGACUUGCUGGUGGGAAUCUUCUGCAUGCCCACAACCCUCCUGGACAACAUCAUUGCAGGAUGGCCAUUUGGGAGCCUGGUUUGCAAGAUGAGCGGAAUGGUUCAAGGAAUCUCUGUUUCUGCCUCUGUCUUCACCCUAGUUGCAAUUGCUGUAGACAGGUUCCGGUGCAUCGUUGACCCGUUCAAGCAGAAGCUGACCAGUGCAACUGCCAUAGCCAGUAUUGUGCUCAUCUGGAUUCUGGCUGUCGCCAUCACGUGUCCUUCCGUGGUCAUGCUGCAGGUACAAGAAGAGAAGCAUUUCAGGGUCAUCCUUGGCUACGGCAAUGAAACCCGCCCCGUGUACUGGUGCCGGGAGGACUGGCCUGACCCAGAAAUGAGAAAGAUCUAUACAACAGUUCUGUUUGCCAACAUCUACCUGGCUCCCCUGUCACUCCUUGUUCUCAUGUAUGCCAGGAUAAGUAUUGCUCUCUGCAAAAUAGCAGUGCCUGAGGGGGGCAAAGACAGCCAGGAGCAGCGGCACAGCAGGUCCAAGAAGAAACAAAAAGUCAUCAAAAUGCUCAUUAUUGUGGCUUUGCUCUUCGCCCUGUCCUGGCUUCCUCUGUGGACUCUGAUGAUGCUCUCAGACUAUGCCAACCUUUCUGAUGUGCAGCUGCAGAUCAUCAACAUUUACAUCUACCCCUUUGCUCACUGGCUGGCCUUUUUCAACAGCAGUGUCAACCCCAUCAUCUAUGGGUUCUUUAAUGAAAACUUCCGCCGAGGCUUUCAGGCAGCCUCCAAACUCCAGCUCUGCUCCAGGGAGAUGGGUCACAGGGAGCUCUACUCUCAGCGAGGCCAAGGCAAUGCCAUUCUGCCAGCUGCCAAUGACCAGAUGCCCCAGGAUCAAGCUUGUCAAAAUGCAGAAGAGGAGGUGGGGAAGACAGUCAAGAAAGGAAAUUGGGUGAAUAACCAGCAGGAUUUGAUAAUGGAGGAUCUAGAAGAGCCCUGCAGUGAUGGGCUCAAGUGAAACGUGCUGUGAAGCCCUAAAUGACUUA